AUAUCCCCAGGCACUCUCUAAGUGCUUAGAUGUGUGAACUCGUUCACUCCAACUUAUAUGACGAAAGCAUUACCGCUACCCCCCUUUGUAGGGAAUACACAAGGAACAUUGCCCAUACUUGUGAAGGCCAGAUGUAAGCAUAAGUGAGGAGACCGAGAACUACACUGUUAACUUUUCUAGAUGGAAGCUUGAAAGACAUGUACCACAGACGAGCUCCUGAAAUGUCUGGGCUGUCUUCACCUUUGCUGUAUGAUAGCAAUGUGAAACAUCACAGCCGAGAAGGCAGGGUCAGAGCUCAAUGUUGCCAGGCACUUUCUGAACUUCUGUCCUCAGAUAACUUAAUAUCUCGCUCCAGACUCUCAAUGCUGCCAGUAAGUGCUGUGUAAUCAAGGACGAGCUGGAUGACUUCCACCAAGGGUUUUUUUUUUUUUUUUUUUUUUUUUUUUAUAAGCUAUCAGAUCUGAACUUAAUUAAUCUACAGCCUGUUUUCAGAAAUGAGAUUCUCUAGUAAUCCCAAGAAGAAAAUGGUUUCCUUUCCCCUGUUUCCUAUGAAAGUUAUUAUAUUUACCAAUCAUUUAAUUUAUCAGUGUUUCACAGGCCAGUGACCAACAUGAAAUUAAUCCUGUCUUAGGAAGACUGGGCCUGGGAACAAGGAACAAAUUAUAGCAGAUAGAACAGGGGCUGUGUGGGGGGGGGUUUCUUUGUUUGUUUGUUUGUUUGUUUGUUUGUUUUUUGUUUUGUUUUGUUUUUUAGAGUACCAAAGGCGUUUUCCCUGUGAUAUUAUCCAUUACCAAAGAAGAGUGCAGAACAUUUUGCUGGUUGCUAAGAAUUUCAAUGGGCUGAGAAUUUUUAGGGCCUUGCUAUUUAUAUGUAUGGAGACAGCACAGAUGGCUGCCUUCUCCCUUCUUUAUCUGUAAUACAGAUCUAUGAAGACGAAGGAAAACAGGAACACCAUAGAAAUGAACAGAAGUGGGACCAGAAAAGGGCAGCAGAAGAUGCCCUGGAAAUGUUCUGCAUCUGUUAGUGCUCCCUGAACAUAAACAAGGUGCUCAUGUGGAGCUGACGGUCUGAGACUCAGAAGGGUCUGGUCUCUGGUUUCCGUCUUGAAAUACUUAAAGUUUUUAUUAGUUGCAGCAAAAUACAGGAAACCCUCUCCUCCGUGUUCUUGUAAAGAUUUCAUUUUUUAUUUUAUUCAUGUGUAUGUCUGUGCAUAAUGUGCAUGUGGUGCUCAGGGGGACCAGAAGAGGGAGUCAGAUCCCAUGGAAUCAGAGUUACAGAUGGUUGAGUUACCAUGUGGGCACUGGGAACUGAACUCAGGUUCUUUGCAAGAGUAGCUCUUAACUGCUGAGCCAUUUCUCCAGCUCUAAUUCCAGCGUGUAUAACAAUGUCUUUCAUUGCUGGCUUACAAAGUGCAGAUACAUUGGUUUUGGGGCAAACUGCUCUCCUCAUGACACAUGGGAGGCCCAAAAGAGAAAAAGGAGUCUCCCUCAAGGAUGUGUCCACAAUUGUGUAACAUCCUCCAACUAGGCUGCACCUCUCAAGAGUCCCAUCAUCUCCCAAGCAUCCUACCAGCACAGACAAAACCUCUACUAUACUGAUCUUUGAGAAUUCUGAUCUAAACCAUGUCUAGUGAAGGUAAGCCAGGCUGGGACAAGCAGGUCAUGCCAUGAACCCAGGAGUCCUUCCAUGAAAGCAAGACUCAGGUGGCCAGAUCUGCAGGUGCCGUGCUGAGUGUCUUUUCUCUUUCUCCAGAACACUCGCUCUGUGACUGUAUUCCCUGCCUGCUCUCCUCUGAGCUGGGCAAAGUGUUUUUAAGUCAUUAUAAACAGUACUGAUUUGCAAGAAGCAAUAGCCUGUGUGUCUCAAGGGAAAAGUCUACAGUCAAAAAACCCAAUGCUUCAUAAAAAAAAGGCUUUACAGUGAUCUUGUUCCCCUGCAAACAAGGCUCUACCCUGCUGGAGGCUCCUACUUCUCUGAGCGGAUCUCUGGCUCCUGACAGUGGGGACCACCUUGGAACUCAAACUCUCUGAGGUGUUCAGAAACACAACUCAUUUUUUAAGCUUUCAAGCUCUGCGGCCUUAGCCAUUAUAGCAGAAGGAAAGAGUGUGUGCAAAGUUAUGGAAAAGAAAAAAGCUAAAGCUUGUGGUAUGUUCUGAAGUCACUGGAGGGUCGUGGGAGCACGCAGAUGCUUCUGUCACUCAGCGCUGAUGUUCUGCCUUUGAACUACUAGGGCAUUACAGGAGAGAAGCUAAUCUUUUGUGGCCAGCACAGCUUGCCUGUGUUGAUAAGUGUGAUUAACAACACUAAAGUCAAAUACAUUAGCAAAUGCCUUAUAGCUGCCAGGAACGCUCAUGGCCACCCACGCUUCACAGCUAAAUAAGAAACACAAGUUUCAGGAGCCUGGGAUUCCUAGAUCUGCUGUAUGUACAUGCCUUCAGCUUUGAUUUUCAAGUUGGUUUCAAUCAAAUCGGAGAGCGCUAUUGUUAGAAAGCAGCUACAUAUAAACUGCCACAUGAGGAAUGUGCUUUUUUUUUUUUUGUUUGCUUGUUUGUUUGUUUGUGAGAGAUGCUUGCUUGAUUUUCAGAAUCUUCUACGGAAUCUGCAGGCUUCUCUAAAUUUAAAAGUAGAUUUUUAAAAAAAAUCUAGAAACUUCUUUACACAACCCAGUGCUUGAGCCUAACCCUCAACCAGAAGUCAAAAGUCAAAGGCUCUCUAGUGGUGAAGCAAUAAGUCAGUCAGUGUUCCCAGCAAUGGAAAGGGCCCAGCUUGCCCAGGGAGCACCCUGAACCAUGUGACCAGAGGCUUUGUUCUUUCUUAACUGAACCUUCAUUGGCAUGUUAGCUAAAGCAGGCCCUGUGCUUGAGGUGAUAGCAGAAUUUGUCUUUCUCUGCCCAAGAUAAAGGAUAUCCCUAUUAAAAUCUUGAAGGGAUAUAAAAUUCAAUUCUUACAAGUCCUGGGUCACUAGAGAGUAAGGGAGGAGAGGAGUAGACAGAGUUAGAACCGGGGUGAUUGUACAUGAAGGGAAGGGUGCAGGUUCCAGGAGGGGUUGAUCCUGUCUUUGCCUUAAACACAUGAGACUGGCUUGCCCAGGCAGGGAAUUUACACUUUCUGCCUCGCCGUGGACUUUCCCUGUUUUGCAUGGCUGAAUGCCAGAGCUCCAAGUGCACUCCCCACUACGAGGCACCUAAAAGAAACGAAAAGCCAGCUCCACGAAGCACUAGAUGUGUACGAGAAAAGCUGACUUGAUGGACAGAUUCUGUGUGUUUGUUUGUUUGUUUGUUUUUAAUCAUUAUAUAUACUUUAGGGUCUUUUGAAAUGGAAAAACUUUUUAUAUUAAUUUCAUGUAUGUGAAUGUUUGGCUGCCUGUAUGUAUAUAUGUAUGUAUGUUUCUAUAUUAUAUGCAUGCAGUGUCUGAGGAGGCCAGAAGAGGGCGUUGGACACCCCCCCCCCCCCGAAACUGAAGUUAUAGAUGGUUUUGAACCACGGUGUGGGUACUAGGAACUGAACUAAGGUCUUCUGGAAGAGCAGCCUGUGCUUUUAACUGUUGAGCCAUCUCUUCAACCCCAUGAAGUCAUUCGUGUACCACAGAGUUUCAUUUUCUGACUUUCCAUAUAUACUAGUUAGUUUAGUUGAUUCAAGCUAGAGUCGUUUGGAGGGAAGGAAAUAAUAGUUGAGAAAAUGCUGCCACUAGAUUUGUCUGUGGUGUGUUUUCAUGAUCGAUGACUGAUGUAGGAGGGCCUAGCCCACUGUGGACAGAAUGACACCAAGGCAAGAGGUCCUGAGUUGUGUGGGAAAAUAUUCUAAGCAAGUCAUGGGGAACAAGCCAGUGGGCCGCAUUUUCCCAUGGCCUCUGAUCAAGUUCCUGCCUCUAGGUUCUUGCCCUGGCUUCCCUCAGUAAUGGACUUACAAGCUAUAAGGUGAAAUAGACACUCUCCUCCCCGGAUUGCUUUUGGUCAUAGCCUUUUAUCUCAGCAACAGAAACCUAAGACACUGUACCACUACCCAAAGCAGUUGAUAUUUUGCUGACAAGAUUAUUUUCAACAUGUCGCCCCCUUUCUUUCUGGGUACUCUAAGCCAGCUUACACUGUGUAGUUUGUGGACUUUUACACAUAUAUUAUAAUAGAAGACAUAUGUGUCCAAUGGAACGUCCUGCAGAGACACAAAACAGCAUUGAGAAAGAAAGAAAUUUAGUAAUGGGAAGGAUGGGAAAGCUUGUUUUAUGAGUUGAGGAAGGUAAAACACUGACCGUGGGAUCUAGGGAGCUGGUCUUUGGAGCACUCUGUUGGCGUGGCUUUGCUUGGUUUUGAACGUUCCGUGACAUGCAUGGCAUGCUACCGAAGUGUGUCUGGUAACACACCUCACCUGGUUCUGCGACCCUAAGAACCACAAGCUGCGACCUGAAGAUAGCUUUCAAGAUCCUGGAGAGUAUGGGAAGUCCCCCAGGCGCCACCUGUGCACAUUCCCACCAGCCCGCUGUUCCUGCAGGGCCUAGGUAAACGAUCAUGGGGUGCCGGCCUCUGGCACACCCCAGCUUUCAGUCGUCACAGCUCUUGGCCUCCAUGACCGUAAACAGGACUUGUGACAGUAGAAGACAGCAUGUCACAUAUGGAGAGUAAAUGAACAGACGGGUGCUUGUGUAUGCGUCUGAGUACUCCCUCAGUCACUGUCUGACCCACUAGGAGAUGGGUCAACUGGAGAACAGCACAAGUGUUAAAUUACCAGCUUUGGGUGGGAUACCACUCCACAGAGGCACAGGCCUGUUUCUAAUGGCAUUCGGGAGCAACACUACCUCCUUGGCCUGGAUUUCCAAGACCCACACUUCAGACUAGGGUAGGUGCUUAGUAUCCACAGAUCUAAGCUGUGAGCUCGCUUAUUUGUUUAUCUGAAAAACUCGGAGAUACAUUGUUCAAAAAACAGAAUAAGGCUGAGAACAAUAAAAACAAAAACACAAAAACAAAAACAAAAACAAAAACAAAAAAACAACAACCAGAUCUCAUUUAGGUGGGAAAGAAUUCUCUGAUAGGCAUAUAACAUGGUUAUAUAUGUGUGAAUGUGUAUAUACGUAUAUAUUUUACAUGCAUAAAAUAUGUGUGUUUAUAUGGGAUAUCAAGACUCAGCUGUGUGUUUAUGUGUAACAAAUUCAAGGCAUACCAAAUUCGUUUGGGGGAAAUCAUGCAACUAGUAGUUGUAAAUAAUAAAAAUGGUCUGUUAAAUUUUUAGUCUGUAUUCCGAGGUAUUGAGAAUUUAAAAUGAGUGUUAUUUUAAAAUUUUGAACAUUGAAUGUAUUAUUUUCAUUUUAAGACAUUCUAAAGAAAUAUUUCAAAUAUUGUUUUGUCAGUUUUUUAAAUGUGCCUGAUGUUCUUUGAAGAUAAAAAAUAACUCAUUAAAAAUGAACACUCCAUCCUAUAGGAGAACUAUAUAUCUUUACAUUUAAUUAUACCCAUAGACUAUAACAGAGAUGUGUGUUAUAUUUCUAGCAUUUGUUUUAUUUCUAAUUCAUUAAUUACUUAGCAUCUAAAAAUCUAAUUGUGAUCAAAAUUAACAUCACCUCUUUGGGCUCUCUGGUCAAGCAAAAUGGAACUUUUCCUGGCUUUCUUCAAUAUCACGUGGGUUUCAUGUCCCUUCUGUCUAGUAAUGAACUAAAGUGACCAACCUGGUCUCACACAGUUGGCCAUGAAGAAGUGGUAAGGGUCAGCUACUCCCUUGGAAACCUCACAACCAAAUCAUACAGAUACCCAACAGGUCCAAAUCCCUCCACACAUACAAUGACUUCACUUGUUUACUUGACACAGGAUCUUACUCUAUAGCGCAGGCUAGUCUAGAGCUCUCUUUGUAGCCCAGGCUGCCCUGAAACUCACUUUGUAGCCUUGCUGGUCUGGAACCUGUAGCAACCCCACCUCGGUUUCCCAUGAGCUACCACCGUGGGCUGAUUCAGGCAGUACUUAAGCAACCGGGACUGUUAUAGCUCAUUAUCGGGCCAUGUGAGGUCCUGGGCUUGAUCACCAGCACUGGUAAAUUCAUAAAUAAACACAUACCAAAUCAGUUCCUAUGAACUGUGUGCAGACUUAAAGAUGCCCCAGCUGUUUGCUUUCCUUUUAGAUGUUUCAACCACAGCUGGAGGCCAACGCCGAGAUCCCAGCAGCAGAUUCUAUUACCCUGGUAGACAGGAUCUCAAGCAAGCAGAGUCCCUUGGACCUCAGGGCUGGGCAAAGACCAUUAGAUUUAGACAAAGUCAUGAUGGUGACCAUCAAACAGGCAAAGACUUCCCUGGACUUUCACAUUGCAGUGUGUAGAAUUAUUUAAUGCCAGCCAGGGGUUUCUACCCCACCUUUGGUAUUUAAGUUCCCGGAUGAAAGACACACACAGCCUUUAUACUUACAAUAAGCCUUAAACAGCACACUAGCCAGGCGGCUGCCUACCCUCCAUGUUGUUAGAAUCCAUUUCCCUAUCGAUAACCCUUGAGUUAUACUUAUUAUUUACUGUUUCAUCUGGGCUGCUCUUAACUCCUUCCAGCCAGUCCUCAGGGCUAUGUUUUUGUGGCUCACCUAACCCAUGGUGGCUUCUUCUUCCUCCUCUUAACCAAUUGAGGUUUCUCCUUGUCAUCUCCUCUGCUACCAAACCCGUGUAUCCUAAACCCCACCAGUGUCUCUUCUGCCCAGAUAUUGGCUGUUGGCAUCUUUAUUUACCAAUUAGAAAUGACUUGGGGGCAAGGUUACUCAGUGCCUACAUGCAUGCAGACUCACUGGUCUUUGGGGGCCCAAAAUUAGCAUUAGAAUACAAGCAGCAUUAGGCCAACCCACUACACUGCAGUAUUUUUAGCUAGUCAAUAAUCUGAAUACUCCAGUUCUACUCAGCACACUCUUAGUAGUCAAGCUUUCUGCCCAUCAAAAUCCAUUUCUGAAGCUCUGAAUCUGGGUGUAUGGGGGAGGGAGAAAGGGGGAGGGGGAGCUGUUUAUAGAGAGAUGGUAACAGCAAUACUGGCAACACCCUCCUAUCGAGUACAGAUUUCCAACUAUAGAAUGAGUUGCCAACUUGGAACCCUUGGUUAGAUGUGCCCUGUAUCCUAAGUGAGACUAACGUAACUUGAGAUUGCAGGUGUUCAGACAUUUAAAGAUAGUUACCGGCAAGCACUGCAAUCAGCUGUUCCUAUAGAAAAUUCUUAGGUUUGUAAAAAAAAAAAAUAUAGCUUGAAUCCAAUUCAGUCUUUUUGGUCCUAAGUAAUGUUUUCAAGAUGCUGCUAGUGGUGUGACAAACAGCAGGUAUUGGAAGUGUUAGCCAAGCUCUGUUGUGAGCACUUUCUGUAUAAUAGCCUACUUAUCAUGUGCGACAGCCCUUCCAGGGCCACUGUUGUUAUCCCACUCACAGAGAUCACAAGUCACUUGUCCAGAGUCACAGGACUUGCCUUGCUUCCUGUGACUUCGCCCCAGCCCCUCCUUCUGGUCCAUCCUUCUCCAUCAAGCAUAAAUGACUUCUGGGUUCUCCUGUUCCCCACCAGAGUCGCUGUCUCUCUUCAGCCCUCUCUGCUCUCUUUCUAUCCCUCAAUGUUCCCAUAUCUUGCUUUUAGAUAGCAGCAGUUUAACAUCUGUAAUUCAGACAUCCAAAAUCUAAACGCUCUUCAGUGCCACUGAUAGAAAGUUCCACACCGUGAAACUUUGUCUCCAGCACAAAACUAUCAGAAGGAUUACAUAAAAAAUAGAGGCCACGGGUAUGAUGAGUAUAUGAGACAUAAAUGAAAUUUGUAUUUAGACUUGGGUCCCAUACACAGGAUAUCUCAUGAAAAACAUAUACAAGUACUUUAAAAUCUGAAACAGCACUGUGCAAAGAUACUGGGUAGCAGCAUAUGUCCUUGUGAACUGGCUGUUGUCGAGAGCUGGAGGCACCCAUCCUCAGUGGUGAGUAGUAUAUGUGCUUUGUACGUUGUAACAGUAGAGAGGUAUCGGUCAGAAAAUUCUCUUAUUCUAGAUGAGAGUAGCCCUUCAGAUGAGGAGCAAGACAGACACAUUUUGAGUUCUGAUAAAAGUAGAUGUGGAGCUUCCCAACAUCUUUUUUUUUUUUUAAGAUUUAUUUAUUUAUUUUAUAUUAUAUGUGAGUAUGUUGUCGUUGUCUUCAGAAACACCAGAAGAGAUCAUCAGAUCCCAUUACAGAUGGUUGUGACCCAACAUGUGGUUCCUGGGAAUUGAACUCAGGACCUCUGGAAGAGCAACUAGCUAGUGUUCUUAAGGGCUGAGCCAUCUCUCCAGCCCUCCCAAGGUCUUUUGACAAGAACAUAGACAGCGUUGGAGUGAGGUGCCAUACAGGGUAGGCAGCAGGAACCCCCCUAUUUCCUCUGCUUCCUCUUAGCCUGGAAUACACAGCUGUGCAGCCAGAUUUCCAGCACACGGCCCUGGUGUAGGAGGGACCCCUUGACUCAGAAACUUGCUUCUUGCUAGCCACAACAAGCAAGGGCUUGCAACUCCAUUUAGGGGCAUUUACCCAAAAGGCACAUGUGUUUCCAUUCAAGGGAUGUUUACAAACACCCUGGUUCUUGACUCAGUCCCAGUCAGCUGGAUGACUUUCUCCAAGAGGAAGUGGGAAAGGGAGGGACUGGGGUGAGGAGAGAGUGGAUCAGAUCAGGGAUCUAGGGACAAAUCUUGUCUUCUUCCUUUCCAGUGAAGAAGCUACUCAGCCUACUUGACGUAGCUGGUAUUCUAGCUUCAAGCCAACGUCUUCACAGUAGCCCACACUCCAACGCUUAGAGUCAGAGGUCCCUAUCUAACCUGAUGUUGAGUCCACUCAGGACCAGAUGUGUAUCUCUGCCUAUACUGGGCUUCCUAGACACAAUGGCUCCAGGAUUCCACUGAGGAGAAUUGAAGGGAAACCGAGGUACCAAAAGUGUAUUACCCAGGGCCAGGAAGAUGGCUCAGUUGAUAAAAGUAUUGGACUUGCAAUCACAAGGACCUAACUUCAAGUCCCAGAACCCACGUUAAAAAAUCUGGGCAUGGUAUCCAUUUUUAAUCCCAGCAUGGGGGAAGCAGAGAUAUAUAGAUCUCUGGGACCUAUUGGCCAGGUAGCCUAGUCUACUUGGGAGAUUCCAGGUCAAUGAGAGAUGUUUUCUCCAAAAAGUAAAAAUUAAAAAAUAAAUAAAAAUUUAAAAAUAAAAAUAUAUUAUAUAAAUAUUAUAUGUGUAUAACUCCAUUUAGGGGCAUUUACCUAUGUAUAUGGAUAGUGCCUAAGAAAUGUUGUCCUGGGGCAUACACAUGCAUAUCCAAGUUCACUGUUCAUACCCAGAGUUUGCUGUGUAUUUUCUUCAUGUAGAAGUCACAUGUUGAAACCUGAACAUUAUCCCCACAACCCUUUAAUCUUCCCCUCUCUCUAUCACCUCCUGUGACAGUUAAUUUGCUACCAUCCUUUGCCAGACGAAAUAUUUGCAUUGAUUUAAAAAUCCCUUAUUGAAAGAAGACAAUAUGAAAGUUAGGCUGUAAUAACAAAGUGUUCUCUCGUCAUCUAACCUUACAGCUGCCUGUGUGAUUACUGGCAAUUACUUCAAGCCUUUCAUGUUUGCAGAUACGAAAAAUAAAGCUGAGACUCGAUAACAAAUUGGUGUGUUCGUCUUGGGGAAGACUGUUCAUCUGGCCCUUGGCAUCCUAUAGUCACCUAUAGUUCCUUGUCUAGGUUGAGGCCUCCCUUCCACAUUUGUGUGUCUAUGCUAUUUGCUUGUUUGGCUCACGUUUAAGGCAGCCUCGUUGAUGCAACUUUAUAGGUGUAGCCUCUGACAUGACUAGGAGACAAAUCUCAUAGCAGACUCACUGUUCCCUGGCUCUUUUGGUCUUUCUGCCCCCUCUAAAAUGAUUUCUCAGCCUGAGCUGCGGAAGUUGUAUUGUAGAUGUAUUGGUUUGUACUUAUCCCAUACCAAAUGGUCAGCCGUAAGAGCAUAGAUAUACACAUGACAUUAUACCAAUGGAGUAAGUGCAUUAAUGUAUUUCAGAACACACACACAAAUGUAACAACAAUUUUUUAAAAGGCCAUAAAUUUGAAGGAGACCAUGGAGGUUCAGGAGGGAGGAAAGAGGAAAUGAUUUAAUUAGAUUAUAAUCUGAAAACAUAAAUGAUUUUUUUUUUUUUUGGAAAAAAAAUACUAACUCAAACUCAGAUCUUCUGACUGGGGACUCCUACAGAAUUUAAAUGUUUCAUCUCAAUUUCAUAGCACUUACACGGGUUGUCUGUGUGACCACCCCUGCUAACUGUACCUGCCAGCAAUUCAUCUGGCCGUGUGUUCUCUUGACCUGACAACUUCAAUGUAAAUACCAGCAGCAAACACUCUGCUCAGAGACAUAAGAUCACUGGGUGUGAGCGAUGACUUGGAUUUGGGAUAGAAAAUUAUGUGUGCGUCCAUGUUGCAAUGUCCGAUUUUAGUCUAUUCCCCCUUUCCCAUUUUAUCUUUGGAAUUAUAUUUUUUUCACAAUAUGAACAUGUCACAGGUUAUUCUACUCCCCCCCCCCCCCGUGUAUGUUUGUGUAUAUAUGUGUGUUCACAUCUUUUGAGGCUCACAAUACUUGGAAAAAGGUUAAGCCCAGUUUGAAAUGCUUCCCCUCAUUCCUGUGAAGUUUCAGGCUAACUCGCAUGCUAUUGGUCAGGUGAGGUGCCUGCUGGACCCGAUGGCAGGGGACCCCAAUAAGGAACACACUCCUGGCUGAUGACAGACUGGCAGCAUUACCCAUUGGUAUGUGCAGGGCUGCCGAGCCAGUUUUGAAAGAGCAGAUUUAUUAAAAAAAAAAAAAAUCCAGCUGUGAGUUUUCAUUUUUUUUUCUCCCUCUUAGAGCUAGAAGGCGGGGCCAAAGCCAACCUCAAACUAGGCACUCCAUUGAUCAGGCUAGAGUGAUGUGGGCCCGUCUCACAGACAACAGCUAAGCACAGAGGAAAUAUUAGCUGGCAGAGAUAACGAAGAGGAAACAGUGAGAGGCAGGGGCACCAUCUGUCCGUUUCUGAGCAGCAGUUCUCAAGGCAGCAGAGAAGGAGAUGAAGAAGAGACUGGUCCUGGUCCAAGGGAACAGCGCAGCCUAAGGACAUUUUCAGACAAAAAAUUGAGGCGAAGGAAGCAUGUGACUGGCUCCGAGCUGCCGGGUUCCCGCAGUACGCUCAGCUGUAUGAAGAUUCGCAGUUCCCCAUCAACAUUGCGGCCGUCAAAAAAGACCAUGACUUUCUUGAAAGGGACCUUGUAGAACCUCUUUGCAGACGACUUAAUACGUUGAACAAGUGUGCCUCAAUGAGACUUGAUGUGAACUUCCAAAGGAAAAAGGGUGACGACUCAGAUGAGGAAGACCUGUGCAUCAGCAACAAAUGGACUUUCCAGAGAACCAGCCGCAGAUGGUCCCGUGUGGAUGACCUGCAUACGCUGUUCCCCGUGGCAGACAGAAACGGGUCCCCAGGAGGCCCUAGGAUGAGAAACACAGCCAGCAGUGAGAGCGUGCUCACGGAUCUGAGUGAGCCAGAGGUCUGCUCUAUUCACAGCGAAAGCAGUGGGGGCAGUGACAGCCGCAGCCAAUCAGGGCAUCAUUCUGCUGACAGUACGCAUGCGCUGGAGGCCACCCUGGUCAGUAGCAGCCUCCCACAGUCUACCCGAGAGGGUCUCAACCAGUCUUUUCACCCCAAGAAUGAGAAACCCACCAGGACCAGGGCCAAGUCCUUUCUGAAACGCAUGGAUACCCUGAGAGUGAAGGGUGCACUUGGGAGGCAUAAGGGGCCAGGGCGGACAGGAGGCCUGGUCAUCAGUAGGCCUGUGCUGCAGCAGGAACCGGAGUCCUUUAAGACCAUGCAGUGCGUCCAGAUACCCAACGGAGAUCUGCAGACCUCACCUCCAGCUGCCUGCAGGAAAGGCCUCCCAUGCUCCAGUAAGUCAAGUGGUGAGAGCAGCCCCCUGGAGAACAGCAGCACAGUGAGCACUCCGUGCAUGAAGGAACGCAAGUGCCACCACGAGGCCAACAAGCGCGGUGGCAUGUACCUGGAGGACCUGGAUGUGCUGGCAGGGACGGCAUUACCAGAUACGUCAGACCAAAACCACAUGCAUGGGUUUCACUCCCAAGAAAACUUGGUGGUCCACAUUCCCAAGGAUCACAAACCAGGAACGUUCCCCAAGGCACUUUCUAUAGAAAGCCUCUCACCCACAGACAACAGCAAUGGGGUUAACUGGAGGACCGGGAGUAUCUCCCUGGGUAGGCAACAGGGCCCUGGCAUGAGGGAACCCAGACUCAUGUCUUCCUGCCACAGGGCCAGCCGUGUCAGUAUCUAUGACAAUGUCCCCAGCUCGCACCUGUAUGCCAGCACAGGAGAUCUGUUGGACCUGGAGAAAGACGGCCUCCUUCCACAGCUGGAUGACAUCCUACAGCAUGUCAAUGGCAUACAAGAGGUAGUGGAUGACUGGUCAAAAAACAUCUUACCCGAACUGCAAAGUCACAGCACAUUGGCAGGGGAUCCUGGUCUGUCCCCAUUCCCAUCUCCCAAUCAGGUCACUUUAGAUUUUGAAGGCAACUCUGUCUCAGAAGGUCGGACAACACCUAGUGAUGUGGAAAGGGACAGGACUUCUCUGAAUGAAUCGGAGGCCACUGGGGUCAGAGAAAGAAGGGAUUCUGGUGUGGGGGCCUCUCUGACCAGACCAAACAGACGACUAAGGUGGAGCAGCUUCCAGCUCUCACACCAGCCCCAGCCGUCUCCAGCCACCCCGCACAUCAGCAGCCAGACGGCCGCCCAGCUGAACCUGCUCCAGCGCUUCUCCCUACUUCGUCUUACGGCCAUCAUGGAGAAGUACUCUAUGUCCAACAAGCACGGCUGGACCUGCCUGUCUGCACAGAGCGCCCCAGGGGCCUUGCAUGACCUGGUUUCUGUGAAUUCCAGGUCCGUUCCAAAGUUCAUGAAGAGGAUCAAAGCUCCUGACUACCGAGACAAGGCUGUCUUCGGUGUUCCGCUCAUAGUCCACGUUCAGAGAACAGGACAGCCCCUGCCUCAGAGCAUCCAACAAGCACUGAGGUAUCUACGUAGCAACUGUCUGGAUCAGGUGGGUCUUUUCCGCAAGUCAGGAGUGAAGUCUCGAAUCCAUGCCCUCCGUCAGAUGAAUGAGAACUUCCCUGACAAUGUGAGCUAUGAAGACCAGUCUGCAUACGACGUGGCAGAUAUGGUGAAGCAGUUCUUCCGGGACCUCCCUGAGCCCCUGUUCACCAACAAGCUCAGCGAGACCUUCCUCCACAUCUAUCAGUAUGUCCCCAAAGAGCAGCGGCUGCAGGCCGUGCAGGCAGCCAUCCUGCUGCUGGCCGACGAGAACCGGGAGGCCCUGCAGACUCUCCUGUGCUUCCUGCAUGACGUAGUAAACUUGGUGGACGAGAAUCAGAUGACGCCCAUGAAUCUGGCCGUGUGCCUGGCCCCCUCCCUCUUUCACCUAAACUUACUGAAGAAAGAAAGCUCCCCAAAAGUCAUCCAGAAGAAAUACGCCACUGGGAAGCCAGAUCAGAAGGACCUCAAUGAAAAUCUAGCUGCGGCUCAGGGGCUGGCCCACAUGAUCACGGAAUGCAACCGACUCUUUGAGGUUCCACACGAGAUGGUGGCCCAGUCUCGGGACUCCUACUUAGAGGCUGAAAUCCAUGUGCCCAGCCUGGAAGACUUGGGAGCACAGCUGGCGGAGAGCGGGGCAACUUUUCACACGUACUUGGAGCAUCUAGUCCAAGGCCUCCAGAAAGAGGCUAAGGAGAAAUUCAAGGGAUGGGUCACAUGUUCCAGCCCUGACAACACAGACCUUGCUUUCAAAAAGGUGGGCGAUGGGCACCCGCUGAAGCUGUGGAAAGCAUCUGUGGAGGUGGAGGCACCACCCUCCGUGGUGCUGAACCGUGUGCUGAGAGAACGUCACCUGUGGGAUGAGGACUUUGUGCAGUGGAAGGUGGUGGAAAGAUUGGACAAACAAACGGAAAUCUACCAGUACGUGCUAAACAGCAUGGUUCCACAUCCCUCCAGAGACUUCCUGGUGCUCAGGACCUGGAAGACUGACCUGCCCAAAGGAAUGUGCACCCUGGUGUCCCUGUCUGUGGAGUACGAAGAAGCCCAGCUCAUGGGUGGCGUGAGGGCGGUGGUGAUGGACUCUCAGUACCUGAUAGAACCCUGCGGUUCUGGCAAGUCCAGGCUGACCCACAUCUGCAGAAUAGACCUGAAGGGCCACUCCCCAGAAUGGUACAGCAAAGGCUUUGGACACCUCUGUGCGGCAGAAGUUACCAGAAUUAGGAACUCUUUCCAGCCUCUCGUUGCUGAGGGUCCAGAAACAAAAAUCUAAGCUUUCCCCAGCAUGACAUCAAACUCAGGGAAGAAGAAGGGAAAGAACACUCACAGCGUGGCAAGUGCACGCAUGUGCAGGAAUGUCGCAGUGGGAUCCGGAGAUCGCGGAGACCGUGGAGCCCGUUCCUAGCCUGCCUAGAGAUGGCUAAUCCCUACUAAUAUAAUGUCUCGGAACUUUUAUCUAUACUGCUUAAAAUUAAAUGGGUUAUUUCUUCCGCGUUGCCUAACUUGCUAUUUAAAGGCUUCUAAGAAGCGUGUCUUAGCUGUAAAUAAAUGUACUGUAGCAUUUGUACAUGUAUGUAUAUCUCCCUUUACUGUAUAUAUGUAAAAUACCAGUUUUAUAUAUAAUUCAGUGUCUGACUCUGUGAGUCUCCUCACAUGGCACUUCCCAGGUUGCUGUAGACCCCGUGUCCCAUCCCGACCUGUCCCGCCAGCUGAGCAGAGCCUGCUGACAAACACCAAAGUGUGAAAUGUGUAGUCUGUCAGCCUGCCCAGGCUUACCCAAAGAUUAGCUAACCAAAGAAAAAUAGAGUUGAGAGCUUCUUCCACAGGUUGGCCUCUUAUUUCUGAUGUUUAAAGACUGGAGCAGGAUGUUGACAUAAAUUGAGGGAUAUAAUAUUUGCUUCUCUUUAACGCAAAGCAGCAGGUGAGAGGUUAUUGCCAAAUCCAAGGCUAGACCUUGCAUUGCCUCUGGGCCCUCUUGAGAUUCAGUUCUCAUAGUGCUUUUUAACCAUCUAUUUGACCAGUGGCCUAUGUGGCCACAGUUUUUUUAACAUGUUCUUGCACUGACCUUGACUCUGGACACCAGAGUGAGAUGACAGUCCAUCGAGUGUCCAGGAGUCAUCACAGCUUCAGGGAAUUCCACACAUGCUAUAGAUGAUGCUUGUAAAAUCUAAGCCAUUAAAAAUCUUGCAAUCUAAAAGACAGGAUUUUAAACAAAAGACCAAACUGUAUCAUUAGUUUUUGUUACCAAUCCCAUGUUUCUUCAUUACCCAGCACCAGCACCUGGGCGUUCGACCCCAACCUUAUUUAUUAUUGUAUAGACUGAGCAAACUGGCUUCCCUUAACCAAGUGAGGAUGGAGUUGUUAUUUUUUUUUUUAUUGUGAUACAACAUCUGUAGAGAGAUAACUUAGUAUGUCUGGCCUCCAGGAAAGAUUGUCUUAGGUUGUCUAAACAGAGAUUGAUAUCCUGAUUCAGCAACUGGUGUCGGAAGACGAGGAAAAAACCAAACCUAUAUUUCCCUGGUUUUUGUUGUUGUUGUGUUAUAUACUUUUAUCUUUUAUCUGUGGUGUGCAAUUGUUUUAUUGGGAGGAAUAAAGAUGUUUUCUGUAUAUUUGGUAUAGCACAGGGAAAACCAGGGUAAGAGUUUUUCAUUCUCGUGUCUACCUGGGAGAGGGGCAGUCAGACCACAUGGUGCCUCCUGGGCAGCGUUCUGUGGAGUGGACAAGUUCACUUCUGCCAUUACCUCAUGCCUACCAUGCUGGAUGGCUUUGUAUGUCUUGUCAGGACCAUCAGUGGAGCUUAGUGUGGUUCCACACCAUCUGUCUCUGUGCCAGAGCCGGGUCACUGUGCACAGGAAAACAGAUCGGGCGCCCGGGGAUGGCUGGGUUGUUUGUCUCGGGGCACACUUGUUUGGCAUACACUGGGAAUCAACUAAAGCCUUUGUUAACAGGCUCCCAUCCAGGCCAUGUGGGUGGGCCUGGCGUUCUGGAUUUCUAAUGAGCCUGAGGGAUGCAGGGUGCCUCAAGGACACACUUUGAGAAACAAGGACCUAGGAAAUACUAAAACUCAAUAAAAUAUCUGAUACAGUUAUAUUCCCCAGCACCUUUCUCUUCCAACUUAGCUGGCUUUCUGAUUGUAUGCACAUACUAAUCAUAUCACUUCUGCUAACCACAGGGCGCGUCUUUAAAAUAAAGGGGAGGGGAGGGGGAGAUGAUGCAUUGAGCUUGUUUGUCAAAUACCACAGUAUUUUAUUCAUUGUUAUCUUGCUGAUGGAAAUAAAAAAAUUGCAUUUAAAUAUUAUAUUUAUACCUCAUGUAUAUUUUUACCUCAAUUGUUGGUAUCAGUCAUCAGUUGUAAAUAAAUAAUUGCCAAGGCAGAUAAAUUUAUAUACAUUAAAUAUUUCCUAUUUUCUAUAAAAAA